GUUACCACCUCCCAUCACAACAUCUCCCAUAGAACCCUCUCCCCUUUUCCAAGGGCGGUAAUGGUGCGCAAGCACGGUAGUCUCACCAAGGACGAGGAAAUCAAUGAAGCAUCAUGGGUAGCAGCUCGAGGGGCUGCCACUGGAGCAGCAAAGUGGGGACUAUUCUCGAUCCUCGCCGCCGGAGCAGGCUAUGCCUUUUCUCCCCUAUACAGAGGACUAACUUUUCAAUUCAAAGUAUUCCUCCAAAUGUCCGGCAUGACAGCAGGAGCCAUCAUCGACGCCGACCGCAGACUAAUCGCCCACGAGAAAAUGAUGCGCAAUCGGAAAAAAGUCGCGCGAGAUGCUGAAGUGUGGAGACGAUAUGAAGAGGAUUAUCAACUGUUGUUGGAAGAACAGGCUACUCCUACAGGUACUCCUACAGGUACUCCUACUAGUACUGCUACUGCUAGUACGAAUAAAGAUGCUGCUCCUCCUCCGCCUUCGAAGAACAAGGAGGAGGAGUAGACUGUUGUAAUUUACUUUUAACUUUACU